CGCACCUGUGCSGCACCGGUUACGCAGCAAGCAUUCCACGGUUAUAUCGAAUCAACUUCCGAGCAAGUCAGUGCUGCCUCUAGAUAAGAGGAAUCYCAGGGAUUGGUCGAAAAAUCACAAGGAACCACGGUCCAAAAAUGUGUGGCUCUACAACGUCAAAACGCCAACGAUCCUCCUCUCGUCUUCGAAGGAAACAACAGAAUCCAUCGGUUUCGCUGCAACCGCAUUGGAAUUCCUCGUCGUUGCUAUCGUGUGUUAUCCUUCUGUCCCUUUCCUUGAGGGUAUUGACAGCGCACGGUUUCCCUUUGAGAUCCUCGUUCAUUGCAACCAAAUCCGCAGCAUUAUUACACCCCAAGYUUCAAUCUGGUAAGAAAUCCCCUCUAGUUUCACUGCCGACCAUCACCAAUACUGRUAACUCGAGGUUGGCGACGCGCUGUCGGGCCCAGAACAGCAAUGAUGAAACACGGAGCAAAAAUCCAAAACUAAAGUUCAAACAUACACUGGCUAUUUUGACCAUGCCCUAUACCUCCACCGACAAGAUCGCAAACGAGGCAAUUUUGGAUCAGGCCAUUCAACACACCAGGAAACUCAGUGUCGUGCUGCGGUGCCAGGMAAACGACCGCAAUGCACCGUCUCUGGCGCGGUUGCGGAGAUACGUGGGGGAAGUCUACUCUACUUUGUGGGAUGCUGUAGCGCUCACCGACAACCAGGACGACGGGACAAUCUACGAUGGCGACGACGACGGUGGCGAUUUCUGCGACGUGGUAGUAUAUCCGCAGAAUCUUCCGAAUGCCGCACCGGAAUCGUGGAUCAACGACAUUGCCGAAGAUCUCGAUUCGGUAAUCAGCCACGAUUCAAUAUGCGGUUGGGUCUCCUCCUCGGCCAUGGGCCGGGGCAAACAAUUUCAGUUCAGCGAGGGAAUGGGUUCCGGGGGAUUGGAUGCACACGUUUCGGCGAUCAAUGCGGAUCGAGAGGAUCGGAACCUUUCGCCUGUGGUUGCCAUCCACGUCGAUCCAUGGCCGAAGGGAGCACUGAAGGAAUGGCAAGCCGAGAACAGCGUUGUGUUCCUGGACGAUGAUAGCACCGAGGACGAAGACACCGCGCGUGGCGAGAACCUGCAUCCGAACGGGGACGAAGACGACGAAACCAGCUUUGGUGGCAUGAUUGGUGGAGCACGCAUACCCUCGGGGAGUCUCUUUCAAAAGGUAGCGGUAGCCGGCACCUUUGAUGGGAUGCACUACGGGCACCGCAAAUUGCUAACACUGGCSAUUUCGUCGGUCAGUCCGCUGAGUGGCGAGCUGUUGAUAGGGGUGACGGUGGACGAGAUGCUCAAACAUAAAUCCUUCAGCGAAGACAUCCCCAACCUGRAGGAACGCAUGGCGGGGGUCCGUGAUUUUGUGUACCGCCUYGCACCGGGAAUCAAGAACCGGGUGCGGUUCAUACCGAUUGCCAACGAAUACGGUCCCCCGGGCACCGCCGAAGAAGGUCCGAACUUUGAUGCGUUGGUGCUGAGCCACGAGACCCUGGAAAACGGGCACAAGCUGAACGAGCACCGAACCCAGACGCUGGGUCUGGAACCCCUGACCUUGCUGUGCACGCGUCGGACCGAACCACACGGGAUGAGCAGCACGGCGUUGCGACGCCGGCGCAGGGAGCGGAUACUGCGACGAGAGAAGGCGGCGCAGCGGUCGGCGUAGUCGGUUGUGCAGCGAACUAUGGUCCCGGCGACACAUUCCUGCAAAAGCAAACAACUCCACUAAAUGCACAAAAAAA